GAUCUCUUAAGAGAAAAGCAAACAAGCCAUCCAAAGAAAUAAAACAACUCCUCGACACAGCAAAACUGUUAAAGAAAAAAGGAAUUUAUAGUUUUUACUUGCACCACAAAGUGACGACGAGUGCUGCCGUUUUCAAAAUUAACGAUUCGACUUCAGCUUCAACACACCACCACAGCAGCAACAAAAACUCUUUCAGUGUCCUCAUUGCAAGAUGUCUGACCCUCUUGUCCUCGGCCUCGAUUACGGGUCGGACUCUGCUCGUGCGGUGCUCGUCCGUGUUCGCGAUGGAAAGGAGCUGGGGAGCGCGGUGCACAACUACACGCGUUGGGCCAAUGGGCAGUACUGCAACCCCAAGGUAGUGCAGUACCGCCAGCACCCGCUGGACUACAUUGAGGCAGCGGAGUACGUCAUCAAAACUGUCCUAAAGAAUGCUGGACCGGAGGCCAGCAAACAAGUUGUCGGGCUCGGCUUCGACACGACAGGCAGCACCCCGUGUAUGGUGGACGAGACAUGCACCCCGCUGGCAAUGCGGGCAGACUUUGCUGAGAACCCGAAUGCAAUGUUUAUUCUGUGGAAGGAUCACACCUCGGUGCAGGAGGCUGCGGCCAUCAACGCACUGGCGCACAAGAGCACCCCCGACUACACCUCUUUUUGUGGCGGCACCUACUCCUCGGAGUGGUUCUGGUCGAAGGCCUUGCACGUGAUUCGCACCGAUGCGACGGUGGCACAGGCAGCCUACGGCGUGGUGGAGUGCAGUGAAUGGCUCCCCGCCUUUUUCACCGGCGUGCGUUCAUACGACAAGCUUGUGCGAGCUCGCUGCGCCUGCGGGCACAAGGCGAUGUGGAACGAGAGCUGGGGUGGCUUCCCGCCGCGCAGCUUCUUCGAGCAGCUGCACCCUCGCCUGGGCAUCUUUCGGUCCCGCAUGUCCGACGUCACGGAGACCGUCGACAAGCCGGUCGGCACGCUGACCGAGGAGUGGGCGCGCCGUCUUGGGUUGAGCACGAAGGUGGUGGUGGCGGGCGGCGCCAUCGAUGCCCAUUUUGGUGCCGUCGGAGCCGGCAUCAAAGCACAUUCGUUUGUGCGUGUCAUGGGGACGUCGACGUGCGACAUGAUGGUGAUCGACCCGAGCGUGCUCGGCCAGCGCCGCGUUCAGGGCAUCUGCGGCCAAGUCGAUGGAUCGAUUAUUCCGCACAUGAUCGGAAUGGAGGCGGGCCAGUCCGCCUACGGGGAUGUUUUUGCAUGGUUUUCGAAGCUGCUUCAGUACUCCUCCACACACGUCAUCGCAAAGUCCUCCGCCCUUGAUGAUGGGACGAAGACAAAACUCAUUCGCGAGGUUAAAAAAAAGAUGCUCACUACGUUGAGCGAGGACGCCGCACGCCUGCACCCUGGCGAGACCAGUGUGUACGCCCUCGACUGGUUCAACGGACGACGCACGCCCGACGCAAACCAACAUCUGAAAUCGGUCAUUGGCGGUCUCACUCUCGGCAGUGACGCGCCGAGCAUUUACCGCGCGUUGGUCGAGGCCACCGCCUUCGGCUCCCGCGCCAUCGUCGAGCGCUUCCGCCGCGAGGGUGUGCGCAUUGAUAACGUCAUUGCCGUGGGCGGUAUCGCGAAGAAGUCUCCGUUGACCAUUCAAAUUCUGGCCGAUGUGUUGAACAUGCCCAUCACGGUGUGCAGGAGCGCGCAAGUAUGCGCGCUUGGGUCGGCCAUUGCGGCUGCGACAGCUGCGGGGUGCUACAAGACCAUUCCCGAGGCGCAAGACAAGAUGGCCAGCGGGUCGUCCACGUCGUACCAGCCGUCCGCUGAGGCUGCGAAGGUGUACGAUGCCCUGUACAAACGGUACCAAGAGCUGGCAGCCAAAACCGAGCAGAUGUAUGCCCACAUGUAG